AUGUGGCCAAACAAAGGCGUGACCAGCCUGCAAAAGACAUACGAUGAGAGCUACUUGACGGCCUCCACGGCCGUCUACUAUGAGAGCCAGGUGAGAAGCCCCUGGAACCCCCACCGACGAGGCCCAACUCCUGUUGACAUGUCUUCACAGAGCAACGAAAAGGAAGCCACGCGGUAUUGGAAGACCGCGUUGGACCAGAUCGCCCAGAACUCCCCAAACAAGCCCAACUAUACCCCCAGGACCGAGACGGAACGCACUUUGGUAGAGAGCUUGAAGACGCUCGAGAUACAAUGCAAGGAAAGGAUUGACCUGCUGGAGGCACUGAGGAUAUCCCGAGAAGAUGAGACCGUGCUGCUCAGUUCGUCCUCGGGAGACCUUGGUGGCUCGUCUGGAGUCGAGCCUGUCGAGAGGGGCUGGAUAGGGAAUGGUACUAUACCAGCCGUUGCGUACCAGGAGCUAUCGCGGCCUCCUUUACCGCCAAGACCGUCGUUCAUGUCGAGAUCUUCGUCAGAACGCGCUGUUGUCGGCCGCAACUCCCUCCACCUUGAGCCCAUCUCCGCAGCAUCAUCUUCGAAACCACAGACCUCGCAGCCCUCGCAGCCCUCACAGCCCUCACAGCCCUCACUACCGCCCUAUGCCGCCUCCGCCCCCAGGAAGAAGAGCUCGAGGUCGCCCAGCCCCGAUAAGCGUACCAUGCGAACAACUCUCAGAUCAGGCAAGGCGGAUAAGCCAUCCAAGUCCUCCCGACGGGUUGUCUCCAAGUCAAGCGAGCCACCAGGAGCAAGCAAGGCAGCUACGUUAGCAUGGUCGCAGAUUCCGUCACGAGACAACUUCGGCCGGUCGUCUCUACCGGACACCUCUAACCCAAGAUCAUCGCCGUUGCCGCAAUCUCACUGGGAUAGACACUCGCGGAGGCUACUGGCAUCUCCUGAGAAUGGCGGCGUUGGCCCAUCCAGUCCCGAAUCGCCGACCGCUAGAUUUCCCGACGACCAUGUCGGCAGCACAUCAGCACUUGCUCUUGGCGCAGCCUCGAGCAGUUACUUGUCAGCCCACGAAAGACGGGAGUCCAGCCCCAUGCCGAGUCGAGCAGACCGAUCUUCAAAGUCGAAGGGCAGUUCCUCAGCCGCUCAGGAUGCCGCUCGCAGCUCAAUCCUCACUGGCGCUGACGUGCCAAGUUCUGGGAGGAGCUCGAGCGAGGUACCCAUCAGGAGGAAACCCGUAGACCACGCCUCUUCUUCUGCACCGAACAGUGCAAGGAAACGCGUGAGUCGUGAGAAGCGAGUUGUCAAUCCGAAACAUUCGUCUGAGUCGGAGGACGAGCCAUCCCCCGCUCAAUCAUCCCGGCGCAAAGUCAAAGGCAGACAGGAGGAGGACCAUGUUCCCGCUGACUUGGAAGUGCAGUCCGAGGAGUCCACGGAGGAUGACCAAGCCAAGAAGGCAAAGAGUACUUGGGAGAAGAAGAAGAGGGCUGUCCUAAAGCACUUGCCACCGGGUGUCGACAGCGCUGCCGCCAAAGCGAUUUUCAACGAGAUCGUGGUGCAGGGAGACGAGGUGCAUUGGAAUGAUGUGGCAGGCUUGACGAUUGCCAAGAACGCUCUGCGCGAAGCAGUGGUCUACCCGUUCCUACGCCCUGACCUGUUCAUGGGCCUACGCGAACCGGCAAGGGGCAUGUUGCUUUUCGGGCCCCCGGGGACCGGCAAGACGAUGUUGGCGCGCGCCGUUGCCACGGAGUCAAAGUCGACUUUCUUUUCCAUAUCCGCUAGCAGCUUGACCAGUAAGUAUUUGGGCGAGUCCGAGAAGCUUGUCCGCGCGCUGUUUGCGCUGGCUAAAGCCAUGGCGCCAAGUAUCAUAUUUGUGGACGAAAUCGAUUCGCUACUCUCUCAGCGGUCUGGCUCGGGCGAGCACGAGGCUACACGGCGGAUCAAGACCGAAUUUUUAAUCCAAUGGAGUGAUCUACAGAGAGCCGCGGCAGGACGUGAGAGUCCAGUUGGUAGCAAGGACGUGCAAGGAGAUGCAAAUCGGGUCUUGGUGCUUGCGGCGACGAACCUGCCCUGGGCUAUUGACGAAGCGGCAAGACGUAGAUUUGUGAGGAGACAGUACAUACCUCUCCCGGAGCCCGAGACGAGGAUGACCCAGAUCAAGAACCUACUUGGCCAACAGAAGCACAAUUUGACGGACCAUGACAUGGCCGAGCUGGUGGUGAUGACCGAUGGGUUCUCUGGUUCCGACAUCACGGCUCUAGCCAAGGACGCUGCAAUGGGACCUCUACGGUCUUUGGGGGAGGCGCUACUCCACAUGACAAUGGAUCAGAUCCGGCCUAUUGAACUGGUCGACUUCAAAGCCAGUCUUGGCACCAUCAGGCCUAGCGUGAGCAAAGAAGGCCUGAAGGAGUAUGAAGAUUGGGCGAGGCAGUUCGGCGAACGGGGUGGCUAG